AAAAACCGUUUGGCAUUCAACGAAUUUGUUUGUUUGUGCGACUUUUCGUAUUAUUUUUGUUGGAUUUCUAUUAAUUUCAUCUCUUUACUAGUUUGCUGUCUCUGCUGUGUACCUCGACGAUAUGGCUGAAUCGCUAUUUGAUAUUUUUGGUGAUCACCUAACCAGACAAGCGGUGAAAAAUGUUUCGCGGCAACCACUAUCAAAUAUUGAAAAUAUGGGUAAAACCGUAUCUGCCGGCCCAGUGAAGCCUAAUGAGCCUGUGAAAAAAUCUGAAGGACCAAAGAAAUCCUUUCUCUCCAACACUGGGAAGGCAUUGAAAAAUACUCCAGUGAGGAAUGUGUUCACUCCCAGAGCAGUAAAUGUUGGUUCCAUGAUAUACAGUGAUGAGAACAGUGAAAACCAACUGUGUGGAGAGGAUAUUGAGUUCCAUAGACCAUCUUACAAGUAUGACAAUCACCACAGAGAUCUGUUUGACUACUUACCUAUCCCAGAACCAGAGAUCUUGAAGCAGUUUUCCCCUCCAAACACUCCUCCACCAGCCACUAAGAGGCACAGCAUUGAGCUCAACUGUUCAUACCAAGAUGAAUUUUUCAAAGGUGCUGCAGAUAUAAAAAUGUUGUUUUCUGCUAAAAUGAAUCCAAAUAGAUAUAUUCCUGGCCAAUCCAGUGCUCUACGGAAGUCGAGGCUUGAGGGGAAAGUGUCGUUACUGCCGAAACCGCGUCGACCUGGCUCUACGGACCGCUUAUCGACGGAAGCUCGCCGGCCUAGUACUGCAGGACAUCGCUCUAGUAGUGCGGAACCCGCUAGAGGGACGUUUGGAGCCGGCAGACUUAGCAGAGAGGCUUCUGCCACGAAGUUACCUUUGAAUGGAAGAUCCCGUUCCCAGCAAGCUGAAAGGUUUGGCCAGUCUUCUAUGACACCACUAAGGUCUAGUCACUAUGCUGCCAGACCUACUACAACACCUGUUCGGACUCCAUCAGAAGAUAGAGCAAGUAGGAACUGGCAAACUUCUUUAGAUAGAGCCUUGGCUUUCGUUACCAUUAAAGAUCAAAGACCUAUCUCAGCAGUAGCAUGGCAGCGCGCGGAAUGCAGUCGCGUAGGGGACGCGCUGGCAGCCCGGGGCGGCGGCGCGGCUCCUGCCAUGGCACUCAUACGACCCCUCACCAUUGCACGCUUCGUGGACAUCGCCUCAGCAUUACUCUCAGCUAUAACUAGGGAUACUAAACUCAAUACCGAUAAUUAUGUUACUAAGCUUCCACAUCUAUCAAAGCGCCUCUUGUACCCAGGCACAGUCUCCAAAUCCUGGCUGAAGACAGUGAACACUCUCCAUGCGUUUCCACACGCUUUAGCACUCAUUGCAUACCUAUUGGAUCUGGUCAACCAUAUUGAAAUGCCAAUAUCUGACGACACACUGUAUGUCGGAAAGGAUGAGUUUGCCUGUCUUCGCAGGGACUACCUCUACAAGUGUUGGAUCAGUUAUAGAACAAGAAUGAGGCAGAAUGUGUAA